GAGAUUACCAAACAUCCCCUCCACACCAAACACGGAAGAUGUUGGUGUUGUGGCGACUACUUCAGAAAACAGAGAGACUUCCUCGAUUAUACCACGGACAACAACUCCUCACCUUCUAACUGCAGACAGUCAGACUGAAGAUGAUUUGAGAGGCGGGCCUUCUGUGGUGGUCACAACAACAAGUCUACAGUUGGUAACCAAUGGAGGAGAAACUGGUGGUAGUGGUUGCUGGAUACCCAGAGCUAUACGGCCUGAUGAUAGACAGCAGGUUGUCAAACUGCCCCUGAGUCAUCCUAAAAUCUGCCUGUAAACGUCCAUGAUGGAGGAGAAGCUCCUGGACCAACUGGUGGUACUCCCCAUGAUCCAGCCUCUUUUUUAGGGUCUCAUGUACCCACACAGAUCUCUGUUUAUCUGCUGACAGCCUCUCACCCUCAACCAGAGCUACAGACAGCACCCUCUGCCUCAACAUGGCAGCUGCUACACACUGAUUACUGUGAAACUAAAAUAAAUAAAUAAACAGUAGAUUGAUUACACAGGAAGGUCAGAAUAUGACCAGUUUCAUUAGUGUGUGAGUGUGUGUGAAUGCUUACUGAGCAGCAGGUGGCACCAUGUAUGGCAGCCUCGGCCACCAGUGUGUGAAUGUGUGUGUGAAUGGAUGAAUGUGAUGUAGUGUAAAAGAAUUUUGAGUGGUUGGAGGACUAGAAGGGCGCUAAACAAGUGUAGUCCAAUUACCAUUUCCCAUUUUUCUUGCAUAAAAACUGGUCCCUCCUCUGCUUUGCUUUACACAGAUCUGAUGGUGCCAGUAGAGAAGCCUCCAAGGCCAAUCACAUCAUACCAACAAAUGCUCAAAUCCAACCUUGAGAACCGGUUCAUGUGCAUACAAGAAGGACUGUCAGGUACGGAGGAUAAAAAACGCCUGGAAGAUAUCUAUACAGAGCUCUACAUCACAGACGGCGGCGACAUGCAACUCAACAGGCAACAUGAGGUCAGAAAGAUUGAGAUGGCAUCAAGAAAACCAGCAGAAACAGAGGUAUUAAUCAAACGCAGUGAUAUCUUCAAACAUCCUUCCGGAAAAUACAUACCUAUAAAGACUGUGCUGACCAAUGGAAUUGCAGGAAUAGGGAAGACAUUUCUUGUGCAUAAGUUCAUCCUUGACUGGGCUGAAGGAAAAGCCAAUCAAGACGUGCAUCUCAUAUUCCCCUUCAACUUCCGCCAGCUCAAUUUACUGAAGGGAAAAAGGUUUCAUCUCGCCAAACUCAUUCACGAAUGUAUCGAGGAAACCAAAGACAUCCCAGAGGACGCUUUGAAUUACAUUUUCACAGCACUGCAGAAGUCAGGAAACACCAACUAUGACAAGAGUAGAUUUAAACUUCUGUUUGUGCUGGAUGGGUUAGAUGAGAACCGUCUUCAGCUAGACUUCAGCGCCAAAGAAAAAGACAACACUGAUGUGACAAAGUCAGCCGGGGUAGAGGGACUGCUGAUGAACCUCAUUAAAGGGAAACUGCUUCCCUCUGCUCGCCUCUGGAUAACCACACGACCUGCAGCAGCCAAUCAAAUCUCUCUGGUGCGUGUUGACAUGGUGACAGAGGUCAGAGGGUUCACUGACCCGCAGAAGGAGGACUACUUCACUAAGAGAUUCAGAGAUGAGGAGCAGGCCAGCAGAAUCAUCUCCCACAUCAAGUCAUCACGAAGCCUCCACAUCAUGUGUCACAUCCCAGUCUUCUGCUGGAUCACUGCGGCAGUUCUGGAGGAUGUGUUGAGAACCAGCGACAGAGGAGAGCUGCCCAAGACCCUGACUGAGAUGUACACAGAGUUCCUUAUGUUCCAGAUCAGACAGACAAAAGAGAAGUACGGCACAAAGAAGAGCCUUCAAUACGUCCAGUCGCUUGCAAAACUGGCAUUUUACCAGCUGAAGAAAGGAAACCUGAUCUUCUACGAGAAAGACCUUAAAGAGAGUGGAAUUCAUCUCCAUGAAGCAUCUAUUUACUCCGGGGUGUUCACACAGAUCUUUAAAAAGGAGCACUGGAGAAGGAAGGACAAGAACAAGGGAAGAAUGUUCAGCUUUGUCCAUCUGAGCAUUCAGGAGUUUCUGGCUGCUUUUUAUGUGGAGCUCUCACGCAUUAACAGCAACAAGAACGUGAUGGCUGAAUCCCAAAUGACUUUCAAAGGUCUGGGCAUGGUUUUCAGCAAAACAUCGGCAACAGAAGUCCACAGGAUUGCUAUUGACGAGGCCUUACAGAGUCCAGAUGGGCACCUGGACUUGUUUCUCCGUUUCCUGUUGGGUCUUUCAUCGCAGACCAAUCAAGAGCUCCUGGCAGACCUACUGAAACAGAAAAGAGUCAGCUCAAACAGCAAUCAGGAAACAAUCCAGUACAUCAAGGAGAAGUUUAAGGAGAAUCUCUCUCCAGAGAGAAGCAUCAACCUGUUUCACUGUCUGAGCGAGCUGAAUGAUCAUUCUCUAGUGGAAGAGAUCCAGCAGUACCUGAGCUCAGGUAGACUGUACACACAAGUACUGUCUCCUGGUCAGUGGUCGGCUCUGGUGUUCAUCUUAAUGUCAUCAGAAAAACAUCACGAUGUGUUCGACUUAAAGAAAUACUGUAUCUCAGAGAGGGGCUUCCUCACACUGCUGCCAGUGUUUCAAACCUCCGUCACGUACCUGUUGAGUGGCUGUGGACUUUGGGACAGUUCAUGCUUUGAAGCUCUGGCCUCAGUGCUAAAGUCCAAUCCAUCUCAUCUGAGAGAGCUGGAUCUGAGCAGCAACUGCCCUGAAGAUCGCGGAGUGACUCUGCUCUCUGAUGGACUGAAGAACCCCAGUUGUAGGCUGGAAUUGCUCAGGUUGAGUGAGUGUCAGCUGUCAGAGAAAAGCUGUGACACUUUGGCCUCAGUUCUCAGCUCCAAGACCUCUUGUCUGCGAGAGCUGGACCUGAGUAACAACAACCUGCAGCACUCUGGAGUGAAGCUCCUCUCUGCUGGACUUAAGAGUUCUCACUGUACAUUGAAAUGUCUCAGGUUGAAUUUGUGCGACCUGUCAUGGAUGAGCUGUGGAGCACUGGCCUCAGUUCUUCGCUCUCAGUCGUCUUGUUUGAAACAGCUGGAGCUGAGCAACAACGACCUGCGGGAUUCAGGAGUAGAGGUGCUCUCUGGUGGACUGGAGAGUCCACAGUGUAGACUGGAAAUCCUCAGGCUGUCAGGCUGUCAGGUCACAGAGGAAGGCUGUGUUUCUCUGGCCUCAGCUCUGAGCUCCAACCCCUCCCAUCUGAGAGAGCUGGACCUGAGCUACAAUCAUCCAGGAGACUCAGGAGUCAAGCUGCUUUCUUCUGGACUAGAGGAUCCAAACUGGAGACUGGACACUCUCAGGUUGGAACCUAGUGGUGUGCGCUGGUUGAAAUCUGGUCUGAAGAAGUAUGCCUGUGAACUCACCCUGGACCCGAACACGGCGCACAGACACCUCAUUCUGUCUGAUGACAACAGAAAAGUGACACGGGGGAGGGAGGAGCAACCAUAUCCAGACCACCCCGAGAGAUUUGAGGGCCAGUUUCAGCUGCUGUGCCAGGAGAGUCUGACUGGUCGCUGUUACUGGGAAAUAGUGUGGGAUGGAAAGACUCACGUUGCAGUAACUUACAAAGGAAUCGGUAGGAGUGGAGAAGCUGCUGACUGCUGUCUUGGAUGGAAUGAAAAGUCCUGGAGUGUAGAGGUCUAUGAUGAUGGCUACAGUGCCUACCACAGAGCAGGUGCUGUAGGAAUAUUCGUGCACCCCAUUAACACCACCAAGAUAGCAGUGUAUCUGGAUUGGCCUGCUGGCACUGUGUCCUUCUACAGAGUCCCCAGCGAAAACGACCCCUGUGACAGAUUUACUCACCUGCACACCUUCUACUCCAGAUUCACUGAACCUGUCUACCCUGGGUUCUGGGUUGGGUUAGAGUGCUCCGUGACUCUGAGCCGUGAGCCUGUUUACGUUAACAUUCCAUUCCAUUAACGUUAGCUGCAUUUUGCCUUUUUAUUGUCUUGCAGAGAGUUACACGAGAAGACUGAUACAACUUUCAAGUUUUUGUAGGAUAGGAUGGGGAAGGACACCCGCCUUAAAAAUAAAGUAAAAUUAAAAAAAGUACUUGGAUGAGUUUAGCAUGUGCAGGAUGUCUGUGUCUUUUUGACAAAGGAUAAAAAACCUUUAGAGUUAUGUUUUUCUUGCAUCAUAAUUUCUAUUUGGAAAUCCUCGAGUGGAAUAAGUUUCCCAAACUGCUGUACUCUUGUAUAAUCUCUAACCUGUAGAUACUUAAAUAAAAAAAGUGCUGCUGGGAGCCCAGAGGAGGCUCUCAAUGGUUGAAAGGUUUUAAAAUGAUUAUGUUCAUAUACACCGAUAAGCCAAACCAUUAAGACCAGUGGUGGGUGAAGUGAGUAACAUUGAUUAUAUGGUUACAAUGCAAUGUUGUGUUGGGAGACACACAGCAUUCAUGUGGAUGCCACUUGACGCCCUCCUCCCACCCAAACACCGCUGUGGGCUAAGUAACCCCCGUCACCGCAAUGGCACUCCCUGACUGCAGUGGCCCCCCCCCAGCAGAAAAAUGAGCCAUGCCACACCACAGAAAAACUGCUCAAGAAUGGCCUGAGGAGCGUGACAAAAAGCUUAAGGUAUCGACCUGGCCUCCAAAUCUCCCACACCCCAGUCUGGCUGAGCAUCUUCGGAUGUGCUGGUACCCAACCUCACAUCUGACAGGGCUCAAAUGAUCCAAAGCCAGCGCCCCGGUACCAGAGACCACAGGACACCUUCAAGAGGUGACUUCAGAGACAAGUUGGAUCUAGGGAGGCCCCACUGUGGAUUAGGGGUACCUCUGAGGUACCAGCACGUCCCAUGGAUGCUCAAUCCUGGAUGAUCCUCUCAUGUCACAACGUCAUGAACAUUCAUGAUUUCCAAGAACAAUUUGAAACGUGGACUCGUCAGACCACAGCACACCUUUCCUCUUUGUGUCAGUCCGUCUCAAAUGAGCUCGGGCUCAGAGGCGUCUGCAGCGUCUCUGGAAGUUGUUGAUAUCUGGCUUUCACUUUGCAUGUUAAGAGUCUGAACUGUCAUUGUAGAUGCAACGAUGUGUUUACUGACAGUGUCCCUGAGUCCAUGUUUUAAUAUCCUUUAUACAAUCAAGUCAGUUUUUAAUACAGUGCCGCCUGAGGGGUCAAAGGUCACAGCUGUUUACUGUUGGUUUUCAGCCUCGUCCCUUAAAUGCAGAGAAUUCUCUGGAUUCUCUGAACCUUUUCAUGAUAUUAUAGACUGUUGAUGUUGAAAUCCCGAAAUUCUUUGCAAUUGACCUAUGGCUAAGCCACGCCCCCUCCACUCACCUGGACAAACUAUCAACAUUCAGUGCCCGGCGCUAUGGCAGGUGCCACAGUACACGGCAUUUCACAGGAGGCAACUGAUGAUUUUUGGGGACAUAACGAUCAGAUGUCAUUGAGAAGUAACCAAAAGGGCCUAAACUACGCAUUGGAGGGAUAUAUUCAUCAUUUUAUUGUUGAGAAGGUCGAUGAAAAGCUUAAAUUACAAGCCAAAAUUUACAGGUCACAGUGUACACUUGUGAACCGCAUCUGGUUGCCGUCACCAUCAAAGACAACAAGUUAAAGUGCCACUGAAGUUAAGGUUUUUGGCUCCGAAUAUGAGAAAAGGAUAACGGCCUUUUUACCAUCUUUACCAAGAGUGUCUCUCCGUUAGUUUGGUGCUACAGUAUUUACACUGAAUCAUUCAGCAUAACGUUUGCCAACCUUUGUUAUCUCUGCCAUUACAGAUAAGUUAAUGAAGCUAAGCUCCAGAAGUUAACGUUAGCUUAACUAGAGCCCUUUGGACAACAGCUAACAAUGAUGUACCAUCACCAAAGUACAAAACUAGAACAAAAUAGGCUAAUGAACUCCCAGCAAACAAGGUGACAUGAUGAACAACGCAGCUAGGAGCUAACGUUAGGCUAACUUUAGCUAACGUUAGCUAGAGAUGUUAAAGAUAACUUUAUAUUUCUUUCCAGCAAAGUGACAAUAUGUUGCCUCAAACACAAUGUUGACUUACCUUAGAACAGAUGUAGACAUCAUUGUUAAUCUUAUUCACGUUGAGUUGAUGUUGUGGUCUAACGUUACCACACAACUUUAUCCAAAGGAGACACUUUUCUCGCUUGAGAUGUGGUUUAAAGUGUAAAAAUACACCUGGUCGCCCAGCCUCUCAGGAUACCUUGUGUCAGAGUUGCAUGUACCCCAUGCACACCGUUUGACCAUUUUUAAACUUCAAAUCUCAGAAAAAGCUCAUAAAACCCAACAAACUGACUUUCUGUAAUGCAUUUCAAUGGACGUCCAGGCAGAGAAUGUCCCAGUGUAUGGGAAUGGCUAUACGCACUGUGAUUGGCUCAUCACGUUUGAGGGCGGGGCUUAGCCAUAGGUCAAUUGUGCUCUGAGAAACGUUCUCAAACUGAGUGUUCGCCCACACUGUUUUUCAGAAAGUGACCAUCCUUGCUUGUGAACACCUGAGCCUUUUUAAGAUGCCCCGUCACACCUACUAAUGGUACUAUCAUUUGUUACCAAUUAACCUGUUUACUUGUGAAUGUUCCAACAGGGCAUUCAACAGCUUCCUGUCUUUUGUUGCCCCGUCCCAACUUUUCAGGCAUCAAAUUCAGAAUGAGUGUAUAUUUUACUGAAAACAAUAAAGUUUUAUCAGUUUGAACAGU